AUUCCGUUUUGACAUUUAUAGCAGUGCACACAAUCGGACAAACAAGAUGUCAAACAUUCUAUUUGUGUUAAAAUCUAAAUGGUUCUUCAUGGUGAUUCUUUUGGUGAUUCUUCCACGGCCUGCUGUCAGCAUUUCUGAGGAAAUCAGAGAAGCAGUUACUUCUGGCCUUGAAAUUGGAAAAGAAAUCGGUGAACUGCUUUCAAAUAAGCAAUUUACUAGUUCUUUAGCAAAGAUCGCAAAAGGAAUAGGUCCAUACCUUGGUGCAUUAGGUCCAUUCGUAGGGAUCGUUUUGGCGUUUAUUCCAAUAGAGUCUGACGAGUUGUCUUUCAUGAAAGAUAUGAUGAAGAAUAUCGAUAAUCGUUUGGAUCAGGUAGAUAAUCGAUUUAACGAUAUUGAACGAUUGAUUAAGUGGAAUGUUGUUCAAGUCAACUUCGGGCAGAUAGAACAAAGAAUAAAAGCAGUGUCACGUGAGUUUGAGCAUAUUUAUAAUGUUCCAGAAACGGCUGUGCAAAACCAGAAGAAGCUGUAUAUAUGGAGUUAUAAAAGUGAUUAUCAGAAUAGUGGCACAAAAUUGUAUCAAGCGAUUGUCCUAAAACAAGGUACAUUUCAAGAAGACCUUGGUACUUCCGUUUUGCGUUAUACCAAAAACUACUGCUACAAGACGACGAUAUUUUUAACCGGUGUAAUGCAACUUCUCUUGCAAGCUGUAAAAGUAGAAUUAGGCUUUCUUUCAGUUAUCAAUUUUACUGAAAAUGCAGAUUAUUUUAAGUUGGAUUGGGAAAAUAGAAUACAGGAAGUUAGAGAGAAGUUCGAACAAAUUGAAAAACAGUGCAGAGUUAAUUAUUACCUCCAAUCUGGAAAGGAUAUCGACGAAUAUUCUUCUAAAAACAAAGGUCUAACACACGACCAAUUUGCUAAUGGACUAUACGAUCAUCUUUCCAUUAAAUACUACUGGAGGAACUGGGCUGUUAUCUCCUAUGACCCGAUAGGAGAUGACAAGCAUUGGGCCGAGGUCAGUGGAGGUUACAUCAAACUUAGGAAAAAUGGAAGAAACAUAGUAGUGGCGAGUGUGGAGAGGAGUCAUCCAGUCAUGGAUCUAGAACGAGCGAAAACGAAAAUGUAUAAAGUACCAGUAUCACAACGUGGUGGAAGUUGGUGGACUGGGUAUAGGAGAGUCGGUCGAAGGGCAGUAGAUGUUUGUAACUCAUUAGAUAAUAAAGAAACAGCAUUGGUUAGUGUUAUUACUAUGAGCGCGCAUAGAGCUUACGCUUACCCUAAUUAUAGAUGGAGACGAGUCAGCAGAAUCCCGUAUUAUGAUAUCAGUGUAUUUGGUUAAAAAGUGUUGACAUAAUAUUGUCUAAAAUAGAAUAAAUAUUAAUUGUUGAUAUGUUGUUGGUAUUGCCACUCCAUUAUUUUAAAGAACAACAAAGUUACGUUACGGAUGCAUGUAGUCUGUGACUGAAUCUACUGAAAAUGAUCAUUUACAAGAGAUCUCGACACACAGCAUCACUUGAAGGCAAUGAUACAUCUUCAUAUUACAUUGU